AUGGAGGGUCAAGGCAAUGGCGAUGAGCUCUAUCCCAUCGCCGUCCUGAUCGACGAGUUGAAGCACGACGACGUCCUUCUGCGCCUCAAUGCGAUCCAUCGACUGUCUACGAUUGCACUUGCUCUCGGGCCCGAGCGGACGAGAGACGAACUGAUACCCUUCCUCGACGACUCGGUUGAAGACGAAGAUGAAGUCCUCACAGCACUGGCAGAUGAGCUAGGAAACUUCAUCGAAUACGUAGGAGGUCCCGAAUAUGGUCACGUGCUCCUUGCGCCGCUGGAGAACCUGGCUGCCAUCGAGGAGCCUUUGGUGCGAGACAAGGCCGUCGAAUCUCUCAACAAGAUCUGCGCCGAGCUCUCUGAGCGACAAGUGGAAGAGUACUUCAUCCCUCUUACUAUCCGCCUCUCGAAAGCCGACUGGUUCACAUCCAAGAUAUCCGCGACUGGUCUCUACGUUGCGCCUUACAAAAAAGCCUCCCAAACAUCACAGCAAGGCCUUCGGACUCAGUUCGGCCAUCUCGUCCACGAUGAGACACCCAUGGUGCGCCGACAAGCCGCGAACAACCUGGCGAAGUUCGUCAAGGAGGUUCCAGUCUCUACCGUCAUUGAUGAGAUGAUCCCCCUGUUCCAACAUCUGGCCAGUGACGAUCAAGACAGUGUCCGGUUGCUUACUGUCGAAGUCCUUAUCUCGAUCGCCGAAGUCAUACCCAAGGAGCAGCAGCCCAGCCAUGGUGUGUUACUGACUGCGCUAAGAAGUCUAUUCGAAGAUAAGAGCUGGAGAGUCCGCUACAUGGUCGCAGAGAAAUUCGAGAAGAUCGCGAAAGCCGUGAACGAGGAGGUGGUCACUAGAGACCUGGUUCCAGCCUUCGUCAAGUUGCUCAAGGACAGCGAAGCAGAAGUCAGAACAGCAAUCGCUAGCCAGAUCCCCGGCUUCUGCGGCCUGCUUGACCGCGAAACCCUUCUUAAUGAGAUCAUGACCAGCAUCGAAGAUCUUGUCUCCGACCCGAACCAGCACGUCCGCGCUGCUCUAGGAACGCAACUCAGCGGACUGGCUCCGAUUCUUGGCAAGGAAGAAACCAUCUCACAUCUACUUCCAAUGUUCCUGCAGAUGCUCAAGGAUGAGUUCCCCGAUGUCAGACUACACAUCAUCUCCAAACUGGAACUAGUCAACAAUGUUAUUGGUAUUGACCUCCUGUCCCAGUCGCUCCUCCCAGCCAUCGUCCAGUUGGCAGAGGACAAGCAAUGGCGCGUUCGCCUGGCAAUUAUCGAAUACAUACCCCUCCUGGCCAAACAGCUCGGCAUGAAAUUCUUUGACGAACAGCUAAGUUCAUUGUGCAUGGGCUGGCUGGGCGAUACAGUCUUCUCAAUUAGAGAUGCGGCGACCCAGAACUUGAAGAAGCUCACCGAAGUGUUCGGCGUGGAAUGGGCAAACCGUUCCAUCAUUCCCAAGGUCACCGCAAUGAGUCAGCAGCAGAAUUAUUUGUACCGCAUGACGACUUGUUUUGCCAUAACGAUUCUCGCGCCUGUCAUUACUCUCGACAUCAUCGCUGACAGCGUUCUCCCGAUGAUGGACCGCCUCGUCUCUGAUCCGAUCCCGAAUAUUCGUUUCAACGUGGCCAAAUCGUACGCCGUCCUCAUCAACACGCUCCGCCGCUUGCCAGCCGAAGGUACCUUGCAGCAACUCGAACAAAAUCCCAGCUCCGCAGCACAACCCAGCCCCAAAGGACAGGAAUUGGUUGAUGGCCAAAUCAUGACGAAUCUCGAGAAACUGCAGCAUGACGAAGAUGUUGAUGUUCGGUAUUUUGCAACUAUUGCUGCUGGCGGCACGACGAAUGUGUAUGCUCAACAGCAAGGCGAGAGGAUGGAUACCGGACAGUAG